UUCUCCUCAGCUUGCUUCCAGUUUCUUUGGCAGAGGACGUUGACGGACAUGUAGGGGGCCAAGAAGGCUUGAUCAGAAUGCUAUUGGGUAUUGACAUACUUCAGCCAAAGAUUGCCAGUAUGCUUCUGGAAAAGCUUCCAGAGUUUACAGAAGAUGACUGCAAGAGCUGGCUGAGAAGAUGCUGGAGAUUGUAGGAAUAACAUCUGUGGAAAUUCAGCGUGAAAUUAUCACAUGCAUUCCUGAAGUACUGGAUGAUGCAGAACACACUGAAGUAGCAAGGGAACUUAGCGAACUUCUAUGUCAGAACACAGGACUUACAGUUCCAAUCCUUGAUGCCUUGUCUAACCUUAACUUACACUCUGAUCUCUUAGCUGAGGUGCGAGCAUCAGUGAUACAGAUAUUACCAUCUGCAGAAAUCAGUGACUUGCCAGUUGUUGUCAAAUUUAUACUUCAAUCUGUUAGUGACAAUGAUGCUUUUGAGGUGAUCAGUGAAUUACGAGCAAACCUGGACUUCACAUCAACCACUCUGCAACCUUCAGCCUGCUCUACUCCUGCUGAGCAGCAACGACCUUCAAGGGGAGGGUCAACAAGUGAUGGGGAGCUUUUUACACUUGAAGCAAUCUGUUCAGGAAUCCGCUUCCAGAAAUCAGUUGCAGAAGGUUGGAUCAAGGCCAUUGAAUCUGUUAAUUCUCCUGUGAAACACAAGGUUGUGGACUUGUUUGUGCUGCUUAUUCUCCACUCCACUGCAAAUCGAAAGAAGGCCAUGGAAAGCUUGAUUAGGAACAAAAUAAAAAAUGGUCACUUUACUGAAGAAAUGCUGAGUGCAGCAUUCAGUUCACACUCACAGAUUCUAAGGGAAUAUUUCCCUGACUUGUUGUCCUUGGCAGAAAUUCUACUGAGGUCUCCUGACCCAUCAGUCUGUUCCUAUGCUUGUUCUACAUACAAACUAUCAUUUGUUUCAUUUGAUCUUUACUGUCAGCAGGAGGUGGUAGGGACAUUAGUGACCCACAUAGGCAGUGGAUUUGCAGCAGAAGCAGACGCCUCAUUAGAUGUGCUAUCAGAUCUUGUUGAAUCUCAUGCAGAUAUCAUGGCACCUUUUGCUAUUUUUAUUAAAGGUCUUUUGGAUUACUUGGAUAAUCUCACAAUAACACAGAUCAGAAAGCUGUUUAGUAUGCUGAGCACCCUGGCUUUUGCCAACCAACAAGAAGGGGGACUUAUACAGGAUGACAUGCAUAUUGUGAUUAGAAAACAACUGUCAAGUAAUUCUGCCAAAUACAAGAGAAUUGGUAUCAUAGGAGCCAUUAUGGUUGUACACAGCAUGGCCAAGAAGAGAUCUGUGAAUGAGGGAUCAGAAGAAACAAUGGACUCUCAGUCACAACCAAGAACCACUCUCUCUAAUGAUGUUUACAAACAGAUUUGUAGCAUGUUAGAAAUGAUACGUAACAGCACCAAUCAGACUCCAGAAGCCGCAGCAUUGUUUUAUGAUGAGCUGGCAAGAAUUAUUCAACUUGGAGGCAUUGAUCCAAAAAUUGAGGCCUGGAUAAGUGAAACAGUUGUGGCUGAUUUUCAAGAUGACUUUCUAGUGGACAGAGAGCAACCCACAGAAAGUGUUGGUGUUCCCAUGGAGUUAUCAUAUGCCCUGGAUGAGGCAGAAGAAGGCAGCAUAGCUGUCAAUAUCCUUCCAUUACUCUUGGCAUCCAGAAAGGGUGCAACAAGCAAGGAAAAACUUGACAGUGUACCAGCCUCUCUCAUAUGCCUUGCACCUCAUUUCCGCCUUUUGCGGGUCUGUGAAGAAAGUCAACACAAGGGAGAUCUUGAAGGAAUUGAUGCUCUUUUAGGGUGUCCACUUGUUAGUUUUAAAGAAGAAAUGAUCAAAGAGAUAUCCUCUUUAGACCAAGCAGAUAGAGAAGUCAUUUGUGGAACUUUGUUCCACACUGUGAACUGGUUCCGAGAGGUUGUGAAUGCAUUUGCAUCCCAAGAAAGCCCUGAAUUGAGAGGAAAAAGCAUUGCAAGACUUCAAGGGAUAACAACAUUGUGUGCUGUUUUGGAAAAAUGCCUUGCAGCCACACCUACCUUUAAGCCUCCACUGGCGACCUUUGACUUUGAAGACUCACUGGUGACAAGUCCUCAUUCAAAUGGGAACAAGUCCAAGGCUAAGAAAGGGAAGAAGACGAAUAAAGGAUCACACACUGAAAAACCAGAUGAUUCUAUAGAAAAGAUAAAAGAUCCGGAAACAGAAAAUGCCAAUAACAAAGAAAGUGAGACACAAAAAGACAGCUGCAAAGAUACAAAAGAAAAGGAGAAAGAUAAUGAAAAAUCAACAACUAUAUCCAUGUCACAGUAUCAAGCAUUUCUCAGGGAGUUGGAUCUCAAGACAUUUAGUAUUUUGAAAUGUGGUCUGGUCUCCCGUGAAGUUUUGGAUUCUGAAAUGAAUACAGAGGAGACAACAAUAUUGCAACUCCAGGCACCUCAGCUGGAGUUUCUGUUGGAGGAUCUUUCCAGAAAGCUUCAGUAUUCACUCUCAGCUUCUGCAUCUUCAAGGAGGAACUUUCUCAAGGUCCGUCAGGAUAAACUAGUGGGUUUUUCCAACUUGUCCAGACAUCCUGCAAAAGAAGUGGCCAAGUAUGUUGUAGAGCUGCUGCCAGUCUUGUGUGAGCAUUUAGAGGCUACCAGUGCUUUCUUCCAGGCUUUAGUUGCCCAAAAUGACGGCUUGAUGGAUGGUCCAGGCUAUAACACUGAUGAAGCACAUGUGAUGGCUUCAUGUUAUCACCUCCUUUUCAACUGUCUGCAGACUCUCUUUGCAUGGAGUGGUUUUGUGACCAGUGAACAUCAAAACCUUUUCAAAAAAGCUCUUUUUGUGCUUUCCUCAAGAAUUAAGCUCUCCAGCAAGUCUCAGCCAGGAUUUCAAGCACUUCUUGAACAAAGCUUCCACUACCUUGAGCAGUUCCAAAGGAGUAUUCCAAACAUUACAACAGCUGUUAGCCUUACCAAGUUAUUAGUAGUUUUGUGUGAAAGGGGAAGAGAUGUCAACAAUGGCAUGAGCAUUUCUCUAGCUGAGUUAACUGGGAAUUUCCUCAAGCGUGAGUGGCUUAGACCUGAUGGUGAAAGGGAAAGUGGUGCGAAAUAUAAUGAGGCCUUACAGUUCUUGCUAAGGUUUCAUCUAUCUUGUGCAGAGGACACCCUUGUCACAAUAGAGGAGGUGGCAGGUGGGGCAGUGACAGAACUCAUUGAAAGUGAGGACAAGAAUGCAGCCUCCACCACAUAUCAAACUCUUACAAGAUCAUCUUUGCCUUGUUACUACCGUGCAAUGAUGGAAGAGUUGAUUGGACACCUCAAACAAACUCAUUCCGUGCCACUCAAAAAAACUGACUCUCCAGAGUCCCAUAAUGAGAGGCUGGUGAAACUGAAUAUUUCUGUGAGACUUUUCCACAUUCUUAUAAAUCUAGUUAAGGCUUUUGAUCAAAGAUCUAUGAUUGGAGCAUCUUUGAAGUUUGGACGUUUGUUUGUGGACACAUUCCUUAAGUUGGGGAUGCCAGUUCUGGAUUCUAUGUUGAGGACACAUAAGGAUGACAUUAAUGGAAUGUUGAAAAACUUGCAACAGAGCACAAGAUCUCUUCAACAUAUCUGUGGACACAGCAAGGUAACAAAAGAUCUCUCCCUCACUAAUCAUGUCCCAGCAGUCAAAAAGUGUCUGGAGACGUUUGUCUUCAGAGUCAAGGCAAUGCUUACACUAAACAAAUGUCACGAGGCGUUCUGGGUUGGGACACUUAAGAACAGAGACAUACAUGGUCAAGAGAUCAUGUCGCAGCAGUCUGCCGCAGAAGAACCUGCAGAAGAGGAGGAGGAAAAUGAAGAAAUGGAGGAUGAUGAUGAUGAUGACGAUGAUGCCGACAAAGACAAUGGAGAUGAAGAUGCGAGUAAUGAUGGAGAAUCUAAACAUGAGGGUGGGGAGUCGUACAGUGAAAGUUUCUAAUCAUGAUUAGCAUUAUGAUAAAUGUUGGAAACUCUUGUUUCAAGCUUCUGUCAUGGUUUGAAAAAAAUUGUUACAGUAGUGUUUGGAUUAAGUGUGUGUAGCUUAUCAAUCUUAGCCAGAAUCCCAAGAGAACUACAGAGGUCAAGUCCAAAACUCUCUACAUAAAGACAGCUUGUAUGGUUGGAA